UACAUCUUACACUACUACGUAUGAAUAUAUGUGUAUGCAUGCAUCUAUGAAAAUAAAUAUAAAAGCCAAUUAAAUACUUCAUCUAUUUUCAUGGUAUAUUACAUAAUUGGCGCCAUAAUCUAGUAUGCCGUAGUGGCAUUAAUUGUUAUCUUAUCACUAUCAGUGAAGGGUAAAAGUUCCGUACAUAAAAUAUUCUUUAAAAAAAUGAAUUAAUAUAUCAGUUUGAAAUUUUAAUAAUUCAAUUAUACAAGGUGCUAUUAAUUAGAAGAAUUUUUAAAAAAUCAUUGAAAAAUGUCGCAAAAUCAGUAUAAAGAUGUUACACAUUGUAUUUUUGAUAUGGAUGGGUUAUUGCUCAAUACAGAACUAAUUUACACCAAAGCCUUUAAUCAUAUUACAAAUCGCUAUGGAAAGGAAUUCACAUGGGAACAUAAAGCAAAAACUAUGGGUUUUAAAACGAAGGAUGUUGCACAAGCUGUUGUUGAAAUGUUAUCUUUACCAAUAACAGCAGAAGAGUUUGAAAAUGAGGUAGUCAAACUAUAUCAGGAAUUAUUUCCAUCUGCAAACAUGAUGCCAGGUGCUGAACGAUUAUUGAAACAUCUGAAACAAAAUAAUAUUCCAAUAGCAUUAGCUACAAGUUCUAAUAAAGAAAAUUUUGAAUUAAAAACUCAAAGAUGGAAACAUAUAUUUGAUUUAUUUAGCCACAAGGUUCUUGGUGGUUCUGAUUCUGAAGUUACUAAUGGUAAACCAGCACCUGAUAUUUUUUUGAUUGCUGCAAAACGUUUUUCUGAUAAUCCUGACCCCUCAAAGUGUCUUGUGUUUGAGGAUGCUCCAAAUGGUGUAAAGGCUGCACUUACUGCUGGAAUGCAAGUUGUUAUGGUUCCAGAUCCAAUGUUACCAAAAAAUUAUAUUAAAAAUCCAACAUUGAUACUAAACAGUCUUGAAAAAUUUCAACCUGAAUUAUUUGGUUUACCACCAUAUAGUGUAUAAUGUCUGAAAUGUAUUCCUGUAUAUAAUUUGAAUAUACAGUGGCAAACAAAUACUUACAAACACACUCCAUAAAAUUUGUAUUGUUUUUAAUGUCAUAUAGGAAAGAAACAAAUUAAUUUUCCUUAUGAUUUUUUGAAAAUAUAACUAUAAUCUUCCUCCUUACAGACAUAUGCUUACAAACAAUAUUAUUUCAAUCCAUUGUAACAUAGAUAUUUAUGUUUUAUGAUAGUAAUAGGGAUUAAAAAAGAAAAAAGUUAAUAGAUUAACGUUCUAAUAGAUAUACUGAUACUGUAAUAUUAAUAAAUAUGUGUAAAAGAAAACAAAAUAAUAAAUUAUAUAUUCGUUAAAAA